AUGCUGCUGGGAAAGGAGCUGCUGCUUCGAGUUCUGCUGCUGGCGCAGCGGCUUCCAGCUCUGCUGCCGCCGCCCAGGGAGGUGCGGGCGGUGACCUCCAGUCAUCUCUCAGUGAGAACUCUCAUCUACUUUUGUGUCGCGCCGUUCAUUAAACUGUUCAUAGCCCUCGACCCAUCCGUAAUCGCUAAGGGCUUUGAGAACGACGGCCAGAGCCAGCCGGAAGCCGGCCAGGUCGCGUCCAAGACAUCCUCGAACAACUUCAUCAACUUCUGCGCAACCGUCCCCCAGCUGCCCAUCACGAACGGCCAGCAGAUCACGACGGGCUCAUGUAACCCCGCCCCCAUGGGUAUCAUCGCCGCCACGACGAACAUGCCGUCCUGCAAAUUCCAGUUCCCCACGAACGGCGCGAACAUCCCCGCCAACCAGGCGUUCACCAUCAAGAUGGCGAUCAAGAACCUCGACACGGGCAACUUCGUGAACGCGCAGGAGAACUACUUCUCCGCGCCGCAGUUCACGGGCUCGAGCGGGAACGUCCAGGGCCACUCGCACGUCGUGAUCGAGCAGCUCGACUCGAUGACGCAGACGACGCCUACGGACCCGACCAAGUUUGCGUUCUUCAAGGGCUUAAACGACGCUGCCCAGGGCGGUGUGCUUACCGCGGACGUCACUAGUGGUCUCCCUGCCGGCACGUACCGUAUGGCGUCCAUCAACUCCGCGGCCAACCACCAACCUGUCCUCGUCGCCGUUGCUCAGCACGGUUCGCUCGAUGACAUGGUCUACGGUGGCAAUGCAGCUGCAGGCAAGGGUGCUGCUGGCAACAACGGUGCCGCCGCUGCCGCCGCCGCGGCCAAGGGUGGUAAGGGCAAGAAGGGCAAGCGCUUCUUGCGCGAGUACUAG